AUGUCGUACUCGUCAGCGCCUCCCCGCCCUCCAGUCCCGCCCGAUCUUCGCCACGAACUCGCGCAGGACCGCUACGCAGCGUCGUCGCCCCUAGCCGCGCCGCGCCCACAACGGAUCGAUCCCAGCAUCGGGCAUUCACUGGACAGCCAAGCUGCGCCAGCGACGAGCGGAUUCACGAUGCCCACCCCGUCGUUCGGCGGCCCAGCAGGCCCGAUCUCAGCGCCAGCCACCACACACGACGACUCUGGCUGGACACCAUGGAACAUCGCCCGCCAAACCCCCCUCCCACCCACACCCGCGCCGAUGACGAUCGCAGCGCACCCACCGCCGCCUCUGCCCCCGCCCUCAUCCAGCAACGCUCUCACCGCCGAACUGCCGAGUAUAAAAACCCUUCUCGAGGCCCUGCCAGCGAUCCAGCAGCCGCAGUUCGACCCGUCGCUGAAGAUCACUUGGGCGCGCGACGUGCUCUUCCUCGCCGACCGGGCGCACCAUCUGCACCUCACACUGACGACGCAAGGCGGUACAGUGCCCUCGCUGACAGACCCCAUCAUCGGGCCCAUGCCCUUCUCCGCCCUCGACCCCGAUCUCGCCCAAAUGCUCAACGCAGCCGUACCGAUGGUGCUCAGCAUCGCCUCGCCCUUUCCCCCAGGCCAGCCCCACUCGUCGUCCACCAGCUCCCAAAUGGAGGCGUGGCAGGCCGAAGCGGUGUACAUGCGUGCUCUCUUCCAGUCAACCGGUGCAUUCCCCGCACACAUCGCGCACAAUCCCAAGUCUGCUUUCCGGGAUUUCGAGACGGCUGCGAGGGGUGGCUACGCUGGUGCCUGGUUCCGCCUCGGACGAGACUACGAAACAUUCGGUGACUUGAAACACGCACGAGAAUGCUUCGAACGCGGAGCCCGACUAGGCGUCGGAAUCAACAGCAAAUCCAACAACGCUAACAGACACAGGCCCAACCCCAACACCCCAUCCCAGCACGGUCGCCACUCCCGGUCAGACACAAACGCCAGGCAAGAAGCACCCCGCCACGUUUGCCGAGAUGGGGAUUCAGGGUGCGAAAGCGGAGGAUAA